AUGUCGAACUCUGGCAGAAUCAUGAAGCGAAAAUCUCCUGUGCCCGUCCCAGAUGUCGCCAGCGCCAGUGACGAGAGAUUGGAUCAUAUUGAGGACCCCGCGGAAAGAAAACGGGUACUCAAUGUUCUGGCUCAAAGAAGAUAUCGCAAGCGUAAGCGUGAACAUCAACUGGAAUUACAGAUGCAAGUCGAGAGACAGAAACAAAAGGAUCAAUCGCUGCCUCACGGGAAAGAGUUGAGCCCGAUAGAUUGGGACCCGAUUUCGUCGGAUAGGUCCGAUAAUGCUCGCGAGCUUGCGUAUCUCAGGCAGCGAGUCUUUGAACUCGAAACUGCUCUCUCGGUUUAUACAAAAUCUCUGGAUCCACAGUCUGCGGUUUCGCUGAGUCCAUCGGACCCGUUCGAUGCCUUUGGGAACCCGACAUCCGUGGUUGAUCAUGCACUAUCAGCAUCCAGUGAAUCCGAUGCAGGGGCCUUUGGGACGGAAGGGAUGGCCCUCGAGAACUGGAUGCGGCUUACUCAGACGAGUGGCCCUCAAGAGGUAGCUAAUCCCCUCCCUCCCACCACUGAACCCCUCCCCGAUAUCGAUGAUUUCCUUCAAUCAUUCACUUUUACGGCGUUUGAUUUUCCUGACGAGUCAAAUCUCAGCAUCCCAGCCUUCAGUCUACUCCGCGCAUGCAUUAUGAUCGCCCAAAGGCUCAAAGUUUACCAUCUGCUUUGGGACUUUACGGCAACAAGUCCGUUCUACGGUUCGACGAGUUCGUUGCAUCGUGACCUACCUUCCGAUCUCCAACCAACUGCUGUGCAGCUUAAGACGCCACACCACCCAGUCCUAGAUAUCCUGCCCUGGCCGAAAGUUAGGGAUAGACUUAUUACUACGUUUAGUAUGGAAGAAAGCAUGUGGCCGGUUCACCAAUCCGAAAAGCUUACUUUGUGGCGACUUGUUAGCGACAUGGACAAUGCUGAAGAAGACGGUCUCGAAGGUGUUCGAAUUAAUGGUAGUGAUGCUUUCGAUGGAAGUGGUUGGGAAGUUGGACAAGGGUUUUUCUCAGUUUGGUGGUGGGCUUUGGAUCGAGAUGUUAUCGGACGCAGCAACUACUGGCGGAUUCAAAGGGGAAAUUCGAAACUCGCACUCCUCGGAGACGAGAAGUCCCUAAAGGAUAGAGGAUUCCCGACAACAACUUAG